AGGGAUAUUACGUUUCUCCCAAUGUCAUUCGGAUGGGGAGAAAAACCGUAAACGAAUUUGUUAACAAUAAAUAAUAUAAACGGCAAUUUAUUUGUAUAUUGUAGAUAAACAAGUGUGGGUUAUUGGUUGUAUUAAAUAUUUCAUUAUACCUACUAUGGUUGAUUUGAGAGGCGGGCAAGACGGUCCUAUCGAACAUGGUUUCUCGAACUCUGUUUUUAUUUUGCCCGGCAUAAUUUUCGUGUCUUUAUCGAUUUUCUUUGGGUAUAAAUUGUACAAGUCUUUAGCUGAACGUGAGAGGAGGAAAGAAGAAAAACGGCGGCAAAAGCAGCAAAAGAAGAAAAAAUAAAUAACACUUACUGUAGACAAAGAUAAAUUUAUUAAAUCUGUGACGAACAUAUAACAUUCCAUUGUCAUGUUGUAUUCUUCAUAUUUUAUUGUACAGUUAAUAAAUAAAUUUUCUUA